AUGUCGCGCAUGUCCAAGAUGCUGGUUGGCGCAGCUGCGCUGGCACCCGUUGCGUUCAUCUCUCCAUCUGUGCAGCACGCGGCUCCUGAGUCCCGCGUGGCUCCCACGCGCACUGCGGCCAGCAGAGCGGAGCCCGGCGCUUCGUCUGCUCCUGUGGCUGGGGCCAUGGCCUUGGGAGCAGGCGUGGCCGCACUAGCUGCUCGACGUGCCUCACGGGCAAAGCAGGGCAAAACGCAGCUCAAGGCAGAUGAUGCUUAUGGCGCAUCGCAUACAUCUUUCUACACAGAUGCCGUUGCAAAGGACAAAUAUGACACAUUGGAGGAGGUGCUGGCAGAGAAACUGAAGGAUCAGAAGCUAACAGGCAUGGUGAACGAGUUGCUCGAUGCGUGUGUGACAAUCACCGAAGCCUUGCGAGUGAAUCUCGUGACCGUGAACGACGCCUCAAAUGCCUUCGGGGAUCGACAGCUCACGGUCGAUGUCAUCGCUGACAACCUCCUGUGGGACCUCGCCAAGUCCUCGAAGUUUGUCUACGAGGCUUCGUCUGAGGAAGAGCCCGAGAUUGUGCAGACGAACAAGGAUGGCCAGUACGUUCUUUGCUGGGAUCCUCUUGACGGCAGCUCGAUUGUGGACAACAACUGGGCCGUAGGGACCAUUGUGGGCGUGUGGGACAAGUCCACAGGACUGAUUGGUGCAACCGGCCGAGACCAAGUGAUGAGCCUUGUGGCAUUGUAUGGCCCCCGCACGACAGUCUUCAUAACCUUGGAUGAUGGUGUCUACGAGUUCACGUUGGGAGAUGGCAACAAGUGGAUCUGCUCGCGUGACAAGAUUCAGAUCAAGCCAGACUGCAAGAUCUUUGCACCGGCCAAUAUGCGAGCAGCUCAGGAAGUGGAGGGCUACAACAAUCUGAUCCAGCAUUACAUGACCAACAAGUUCACCCUUCGCUACACGGGUGGUUUGGUUCCGGACGUGUGCCAGCAGUUUACCAAGGGACAGGGUGUCUUCACGAAUCCGACCUCCAAAGCCUCGCCAGCCAAGCUCCGGCUGGCCUUCGAAGCGGCUCCUUUUGGACGCCUCGUGGAGAUGUCCGGGGGCAAGACCUCCGAUGGCAUUUCCGGCAACAGCGUGCUGGAUAUGAAGAUCACCGCCGUGGACCAGCGCACAGCCUUGGCGAUCGGCUCCGCUGCCGAGGUUGACCGCUUCAACAACAUGGUGCUGCAGAAGUAA